CGUGGGGUGCUUUAUUUUUGCAAGAGAGUAGAGCGUGACAGUGAGUGCGGUCACCUCCUGCACAUGGCCAGGCCCUCGCGGUUGUUGCUCCGCCUCGUCGCCGGGGCGCUUCUCCUCUUGGCGGCGCUCCCGGGCGGGAGGCCGGAUCUGGCGUCCGACGCCGCGGCGCUCGUCGCUCUGCGCGAUGCCGUCGGCCGAUCGGCUCUGCCCACGUGGAACGCCUCCGUCGCAACCUGCAACUGGCCGGGCGUCACCUGCGUGGCCGGCCGCGUGGACGAGCUCCGCCUUCCCGGCGCUGGCCUCAUUGGCCAGAUCCCCGCCGUCGUCGGUAACCUCACCGCCCUCCACACUCUCAGCCUCCGCUUCAAUGCCCUUUCUGGUCCUCUCCCUGAUGAGCUAGCGAGCCUCGUCGAGCUCCGCAAUCUCUACCUCCAGAAUAACCGCCUCGACGGUGAGAUUCCGGCCUUCUUGGCCAACUUGAAGAAUCUUGUCCGCCUCAACCUUGCCAGCAACCAAUUCACCGGCGGGAUCCCUUUGGAGCUCAACAACCUCAGCCGGCUCGGUACGCUCUACCUGGAGAACAAUAAGCUCACCGGCGAGAUUCCGACCCUUGAUAACCCCGGCUUGGUUCAGUUCAACGUGUCUAACAACCAGGUCAACGGAUCUAUACCGGCCCGCCUCCGUUCCCAGCCCAGGAGCGCGUUCCUCAACACGGGUCUCUGCGGCGGCCCCCUAGGGUUGUGUCCAGGUGAGGUCGCGCCUACUCCAUCGAGUGAGGGUCCUUCUGCGAGCAAUGCCGGCGGCGGCGUGCCUGAGAGUGGCAAAAAGAAGAAACUCUCCGGCGGGGCGAUCGCCGGGAUCUCGAUUGGCGCUGCCGCCUUUUUCCUCAUCGUGCUCGUUGCGCUCGUCCUACUCUGCCGCGGUAGGAGGUUGGGAGCAGCGUCUGCCGGCACGAAGCAGAUGGAAAUGGGGGAUAUUCCAGAGCAAAGGGAUAAGGGUCUUGGUGACGGAAGAGUGAAUGGAAACGGGGCGGCAGUGGCCGCAACUGCUGUCAGUGCCGCUGCAAAAUCUUCGUCCACUUCCGGCGCCGGAACCGGGGCUAAGAAGCUUGUGUUCUUUGGCAGCGGCAGAGCGACGACACCGUUCGAUCUAGAAGAUCUCCUGCGGGCGUCUGCGGAGGUGCUGGGGAAGGGAACAUUUGGGACAGCCUACAAGGCGGUGCUCGAGUCGGGGAUGGCGGUGGCUGUAAAGAGGCUCAAAGACGUUAACUUGCAGGAGGUGGAGUUCAAGGAGAGGAUCGAGGCCGUUGGCGCAAUGGACCAUCCCAACCUUGUACCUCUCAUGGCCUACUACUUCAGCAAGGAUGAGAAGCUUAUGGUCUAUGAAUACUUGCCUAUGGGAAGCCUCUCAGCUCUCAUGCAUGGCAACAAAGGAUCUGGUCGAACACCCCUUAACUGGGAAACAAGAACAGGCAUUGCCUUUGCAGCAGCAAGAGGACUGGAGUACAUCCACUCCACAAGCCCUUCUGCUUCUCAUGGCAAUAUCAAAUCCUCCAACAUCCUCCUCACCAAGUCAUACGAAGCCCGGGUUUCUGAUCACGGUCUAGCUCUUCUCGUGGGAUCAGCUACGCCUUCUGCUCGCAUAGCGGGGUACCGAGCUCCAGAGGUCACUGAUCCCCAAAAAGUUUCACAAAAGGCUGAUGUUUACAGCUUUGGAGUCCUCCUUCUUGAGCUACUCACAGGCAAAGCCCCAGCCCAGGCCCUCAUGAAUGAGGAAGGAGUAGACCUCCCGAGAUGGGUGCAGUCGGUCGUAAGAGAGGAGUGGACUGCCGAGGUGUUCGACGUGGAGCUGCUGAGGUACCAGAAUGUGGAGGAAGACAUGGUGCAGCUCCUGCAACUGGCCAUAGACUGCGUGGCACACUAUCCAGACAAGAGGCCGUCCAUGUCCGAGGUGGUGGUUCGGAUUGGUGAAAUCCAGAAAUCAAGCAUAUCGUCCUUCUCCCAAGAUCAGCAGAGAAAUCCAUGAUGCAUCCAGCCAUCAAUCCCUGCUGAAUCUUUAGUUUACUCGACGAAGAAACUUGCAGCUGGAUGAAGUCUGAUUUCUGGUCAAUUUUUUUCCUUUGGUUGUUUGUCAUUGAUCAAUUGUUACAUGGUGUUUGUUCCUUGUUUUAUCAGCAUUUCCAAAGCACAUACUGUCGUUCCUCUUCUGACGGGGGUGGUUUACCUGCGUCGAAGCCAUUCAUAGGUUCUCUUAAUUAUGUAAUUAGUCAUUUCCAUGCAUGGAAGGAGUAAGCUUCUUGUGGUGAUAUUAAUUAACUCUUUCAUGAGCUACACUUAAAUUUUCGAUUUGGUAGACCUACAAGUUUGAUGUUUU